AAACCUAAGGCCUUACGUCCUUCUCUGCCCGCCCCGUCGCCGUUCGACUCAUCUCGUCCUUCUCUCGGGUUGUGUGUGCGUGUUUCGCUCUCUUAUCUCCCGGAGACGAUGGCCGCUGGCAGUGAGCAUAAGAAGAAGAGGAAGCCCGAGAAAAGGAGCGCCGACGACGGUUCGAAGCUUCGAAAGCCAGUCAAGAAGGCUAGGAAGGAGGCAACAGACACCCUUACCACUCCCGCAGAGCUUCCGACCUCCUUACUCGUCGAAGCCGAUGAUCCCGAUUUUCCCAGAGGUGGGGGGAGCUUGCUGAGUCGACAGGAGCAGGCGGACGCUCGGGCAGAGGCUGAAGCUCAGUUUGAAAGGGAGGAAAGUUAUUCGAGGAAGGGUAAGGGUAAGGCAAGGAAGAAGAAGGGGCUGAAGGGAUCGUCGCUCGAUUUUGACAAUGAUUUGGGUUCUCUUUUUGGUGAUGGUAUCACUGGGAAGCUUCCUAGGUUUGCUAAUCGAAUCACUUUAAAGAAUAUUUCUCCACGAAUGAAGCUUUGGGGCGUAAUUGUUGAGGUUAAUCGAAAAGACCUCGUGAUCAGUCUUCCGGGGGGGCUGAGAGGAUUUGUUCAUGCAGAGGAAGUUACAGACAUACCCAUAUCUAAUGGAGAUAAGGUUUCUGAAGGUUACUUUCUAUCCAGCAUAUUUCAUGUUGGACAGCUUGUGUCCUGUGUUGUGUUACGGGUGGAUGAUGACAAGAAAGAUGGAAAAGGAAACAAAAGAAUUUGGUUGUCACUACGACUAAGUUUGCUGCACAAGGGCCUGACUCUAGAUGCAAUUCAAGAUGGAAUGGUUCUGAAUGCACAAGUAAAGAGUGUUGAGGACCAUGGCUACAUUCUUUUUUUUGGAGUAUCAUCUUUUACUGGCUUUUUGCCGAAGAAUGAAAGAGAUGGUGAUCAAAUUUUCACUGGACAAAUUAUGCAGUGUGUUGUCAAGGACAUUGACAAAGCUCGAGCUGUUGUUCACGUUGAUUCUGAUUCAGAUUUGGUUUCAAAAUUUAUAAUUAAAGAUUUGAAAGGGCUCUCCAUUGACCUUUUGGUUCCUGGCAUGAUGGUCAAUGCUCGAGUCCGUUCUACCCUUGAAAAUGGGAUUAUGGUGUCAUUUCUUACAUACUUUACUGGAACAGUAGACAUUUUCCAUUUGGAGAACACAUUCCAUAGUGGAACGUGGAAAGACAAUUACAAUCAAAACAAAAAGGUGAAUGCUCGGAUAUUGUUUAUUGAUCCAUCAACUAGAGCUGUUGGACUAACCUUGAAUAAGUAUCUUAUAGAUAAUAAAGCUCCACCUGCUUAUGUUCAAACCGGAGAAAUUUAUGAUAAUUCACAAAUUUUAAGAGUUGAUAGAGGGCUUGGUUUUCUUCUUGAGAUAUGUUCUUCUCCAGCACCUUCACCAGCAUAUGUCAGUAUACAUGAUGCUUCUGAUGAAGUUCUGAAGCCGGAGAAAAAGUUCAAGGAAGGGGAUUAUGUUCGUGUUCGCAUUCUUGGAAUGAGAUAUUUAGAAGGGCUAGCAACUGGCACAAUGAAGGCGAGUGCUUUUGAAGGGUCUGUUUUUACUCAUUCGGAUGUCAAGCCUGGAAUGUUGGUGAAAUCUAAAGUCAUUGCUGUUGAGAACUUUGGUGCAAUUGUCCAGUUCCCAAGUGGUGUUAAAGCACUAUGUCCUCUCCCACACAUGUCAGAGCUAGAGAUUGUAAAGCCACCUAAAAAAUUUAUGGUUGGAGCUGAAUUACUCUUUCGUGUGCUUGGUUGUAAAUCCAAGCGAAUAACUGUCACAUACAAGAAGUCACUAGUCAAAUCGAAGCUAGACGUGCUAGCAUCAUAUGGUGAUGCAGCUGAAGGAUUAGUUACACAUGGAUGGAUCACUAAAAUUGAAAAGCAUGGUUGUUUUGUGAGGUUUUACAAUGGUGUACAUGGUUUUGCUCAUAGAUCUGAGCUUGGAUUGGAGCCAGGAGCUGAAGCGGACUCUGUGUAUCAUGUUGGACAAGUGGUCAAGUGUAGAAUAAUAAGUUGUGCUACCUCUUCACGAAGAAUCAGUGUUAGUUUUGUUAUAUCUACCAAAAGGACUUCCGAUGAUGGUGCAGUCAAGAUGGGUUGUGUUGUCUCUAGUGUUGUUGAGCGUCUGACUCCCACAGCAGUCAUUGUCAGUCUUACUAAGAAUGGUUACUUGAAGGGAACAAUUUUUAAUGAUCAUUUAGCAGAUCACCAUGCGCAAGCCACUUUACUGAGGUCUUUGUUGAGGCCGGGAUAUGAAUUCGAUCAACUUGUGGUGCUAGACUCUGAAGGGACAAGCCUGAUUCUUUCUGCUAAACACUCUCUUAUUAGUUCUGCAAUGAAGAUUCCUUCAGAUCUUGCUCAGAUUCAUCCUCUAACUGUUGUAUAUGGCUAUAUCUGCAAUAUCAUUGAAAGUGGUUGCUUUGUUCGAUUUCUUGGACGUCUGACUGGAUUUGCACCAAAAAAUAUGGCUACAGAUGAAAUGAUUGAUAACAUAUUGGAUGCAUUCUACAUUGGGCAAACUGUUCGUAGUCACAUCAUAAAUGUCAAUAGUGAAGCUGGUCGGGUAAAGCUCUCCUUAAAACAGUCUUUGUGUUUAUCAUCAGAUGUUUCAUUUAUUAAAGGAUAUUUUCUUUUGGAGGAGAAGAUUGCAGCUAUACAGAUGUCUGAUGUCAAAGACUUUGAUUUGAGCUGGGUGAAGGAAUUUAGCAUUGGCAGUUUGGUUGAGGGAGAAAUUCAAGAAAUAAAAGAAUUGGGUGUUGUCCUUGGCUUCAAAAAUCAUCAUGAUGUUGUUGGAUUUGUGGCACAUCAUCAAUUGGGGUGUGUCAAUGUGGAACUGGGUUCUGUUGUUACUGCUUUGGUUCUGGACAUAGCAAAGUUGGAUGGUCUUGUUGACUUAUCCCUUAAACCGGAGCUAGUUGGUAGUGUUUCUGCAAAGGAUACUAAAAAGAAGCGGCGUAGAAACAUAUCUGUGGACUUAAAGCUAUACCAAACAGUAAAAGCAGUUGUGGAAAUUGUCAAAGAAAAUUAUUUGGUUUUGUCUGUUCCUGAGUACAAAAAUGCUAUAGGGUACGCAUCAACGACUGAUUACAACAUACAAAAGCUUCCCUGCAAGCAUUUUGUGAAUGGCCAGAGUGUCAUUGCCACUGUCGGGGAGAUUUCAAGCUCUGGAAGGCUUUUGUUUAUUCUUAAUUCUCUUACUGAUGGCUUAGAGACACCUAACUCUACAAGGGCCAAGAGAAAGUCUACCUACACUGUGGGUUCACUUGUUGAAGCCGAGGUUAUUGACAUAAAGCCUCUUGAACUUAUUUUGAAGUUUGGUUUUGGAUUUUAUGGGAGAAUCCAUAUAACUGAGGUAUUUGAUGACAGAGAUUUAAUGGAAAAUCCAUUUACCAAAUUUAGAGUUGGGCAGCUGCUUAAUGCCCGAAUCGUUGCAAAAGGUGGACACUCAGGAAACGGUGCAAAAAGAAGUCGUUGGGAAUUGUCGAUUAGACCCUCACUCAUGGCUGGAAGCGAGGAGGCAGUAACCACAUGUGUCUCUGAGGAGUUAAACUUUUCAGUUGGAGAAAAUGUUAGAGGUUAUGUUGUUAAGGUGGACAGUGAGUGGUUGUGGUUGAGUGUGUCACCAUCUGUUGUGGCUCACCUUUAUAUCCUUGAUAGUUCUUGUGAACCCCAUGAGCUUCAGAAAUUUCAGCAAUGUUAUAGUGUGGGCCAGGCAGUCAAGGGUCGCAUCUUAAGUAUAAAUAAGGAGAAAAAGCUGUUGCGAUUAGCAUCAUGCCCAUCUGUUGAUGAGACUGGUGAUAAAGCCAGCCAAAAAAUUGGAGCUUCUACUGUAAGUGAUGGCCAACAAUUUUCCAGUGGUGAUAUUGUGGGUGGUAGAAUUAAAAAGAUUCUUCCUAGUGUUGGUGGACUUCUUGUGCAGAUUGGGCCUCAUCUAUUUGGAAGGGUUCAUUACACUGAACUUGUAGAUGAGUGGGUUCCUCACCCUAUAUCUAAAUAUCAAGAAGGCCAGUUUGUUAAGUGCAAGAUCCUGGAGAUAAGCCGUUCAUCCGAGGGAAUUUUACAUGUUGAUUUGUCCCUUCGUGUUUCCGUCAUUACUAAUGAGUUGGUUUCUUGCAGUAAGAGGUUUGAAAAGAUUGACGAUCUUCAUCCUGACAUGAAUAUUCAGGGCUAUGUUAAGAAUAUCACAUCAAAAGGCUGUUUCAUUUCUCUUUCAAGAAUGAUGGAUGCACGAAUACUUGUGUCCAACUUGUCAUAUGCGUACAUUGAUAGUCCUGAAAAAGAGUUUCCUGUUGGAAAGCUUGUACAUGCGAAGGUGCUGUCUGUGGAACCCUUGUCCAAUAGAGUCGAAGCGACAUUGAAAACUGGGAACAAGGCUGAAACAAUCAAAUCCAUUGCAGACACUAUUGUGAAUUUACAUGUUGGUGAUAUAGUUACUGGGCAUAUUAGACGGAUCGAGUCUUAUGGAUUGUUUAUAACACUUGACAAGGCUAACGUGGUUGGUUUAUGUCACAUAUCAGAACUGUCAGAUGAGCACAUUGAUAACAUUGAAGCUAGUUAUGCAACUGGUGAAAAAGUUGUGUCAAAGAUUCUGAAGAUCGAUGAAGAAAGACAAAGAAUAUCCCUUGGAAUGAAGAAAUCUUAUAUUGAGAAUGCCAGCGGUGUUGACCAGAGCCAUGCUAUAAAUGGCAGUCAUGAUCACGAUGAAAGUGAUAGUGCUUCUAUGGACAAUAUGGACAAUGAAUUGCUUAAUUUGCUGCAUAAUGAUGACUUAAUUAAACAUCAAAAGAUGUUGGGGCAUGAUAAUGCAGGCUCUGAGAUUCUUACACCAUCAGGAAGAAGUGCUUCUGUUCUUCCUCUUCAGGUUUCUCUGGAAGACUCAGAUGGCUCCGAUUUGGAUAAUCCUGUAAUUGCAGGUCAGGACGGUGCCAAUGAGAACAAGCAGGCUGCGAAAAGGGACAGAUGCAUAAAGAAAAAGGCCAAGGAUGAAAAGGAGCUCGAAAUUAUCGCCGCUGAGGAAAGGCGUUUGCAGAAUGACAUGCCAAGGACAGAAGAUGAGUUUGAGAAGUUGGUUAGGAGCUCUCCCAAUAGUAGUUUUGUCUGGAUAAAGUACAUGGCUUACAUGCUCUCUCUAGCAGAGGUUGAGAAAGCACGAAACAUUGCUGAGAGGGCUCUUAGAACAAUAAACAUCAACGAGGAGGGUGAGAAACUGAAUAUUUGGGUGGCCUACUUCAACUUAGAAAAUGAACAUGGAAGUCCACCAGAGGAGGCUGUCAAGAAAAUCUUUCAGAGGGCAUUGCAAUAUUCUGAUCCAAAAAAGCUGCAUCUAGCUCUUUUAGGAGUGUAUGAGAGGUCUGAGCAACAAAACCUGGCGGAAGAGCUCCUUGAGAGGAUGACAAAAAAGUUCAAACAUUCGUGCAAGGUCUGGAUGCAUUGCAUUCAAAGUUUUCUGAAGAAGGACGAGGAUGGGAUUCAAUCGAUAGUAAAUCGUGCUGUCAUAAGUCUACCACGUAAAAAGCAUAUUAAAUUCAUUUCACAGACUGCUUUACUAGAAUUCAAAUCUGGUGUACCAGAUAGAGGCAGAUCAAUGUUAGAAUCUAUAUUACGGGAGUAUCCCAAGAGAACUGAUCUUUGGAGCAUUUACCUUGAUCAGGAGAUUCGUUUGGGUGAUGCAGAAGUAAUUCGAGCUUUAUUUGAGAGGGCAACAUGCUUAAGUCUUCCACCCAAAAAAAUGAAGUUCCUGUUCAAGAAGUAUCUUGACUAUGAAAAAGUGCAUGGUGAUGAAGACACAGUCGAACAUGUUAAGCGAAAGGCACUGGAAUAUGUCGAGAGCUCCCUUGCUUGAUGUGUGUAUGGAAGCUAUAUGAUCAAGCGUUCCUACAAUAUUAUGUUUAUCUUUUCCAUUAGACAGGAAACAAGCUGUGGGCAGGUAUCAGCUGACCUGCCAAACGGAAGGGUCAUCAAAGUUGACCUUAAGGAGACUCAUACCGACAGGGCGUUCAUCAGAAAUUUUUUUGUUAUAGUUGUCCCACCUGGCUAUUCUUCUUUGAUAUCCUUGUACCGGCAGUUUGUAUAACACAAAGCAUUGUUCUUUGGAGGGAAAUUGAGCGCCAUUUUUUGGAUUAAUUUUGGGCAUAAUCAUGUUCAAUCACAUGUACUUGUGGAACCUUGCGAUGUAAUACUAACAGAUUUUUCAUUAACCCAAUGCGAUAUAAGUUAUUUGAUCAUA